UGCUCUAGCUCCUGGAUUACUCUACAAACACACACAUAAUUGAUUGUAUAUAUCGAGUGUUGGAAUUGAUAGAGGCAGUACUGGAAAAAUGGCUUCAUCUAGUGGUGGUGUGCCUCCGGGGUUCCGGUUCCACCCGACCGACGAGGAAUUACUUCAUUACUACUUGAAGAAGAAGAUUUCGUUUCACAAGUUUGAUAUGGAAGUGAUAAGAGAGGUGGACUUGAAUAAGAUGGAGCCCUGGGAGUUGCAAGAGAGAUGCAGAAUUGGUUCAACGCCACAAAAUGAGUGGUACUUCUUUAGUCACAAGGACAGGAAGUAUCCGACGGGGUCGAGGACGAACAGAGCAACCAACGCGGGGUUUUGGAAAGCAACUGGACGAGACAAGUGCAUCAGGAACAGCUACAAGAAGAUUGGUAUGAGGAAAACUCUAGUUUUCUAUAGAGGCAGAGCUCCCCAUGGUCAUAAGACUGACUGGAUCAUGCACGAGUACCGCCUUGAGGAUACUGAUCACGAUGACCCACAAGCACCUGGAACUGAAGAUGGGUGGGUGGUGUGUAGGGUUUUUAAAAAGAAGAACCUAUUCAAGGUUGUGGGGGACAAUGAAGGAGCUGGUGGCAGCAUCAACUCAUCGGAUCAACAAUUCAACACCACCACCAUAUCAUCAAGCGGCAUAAGUAUUCAUGAUCAACCGGCUGCUGCUCGCAACUUCACACAGAGAGACAACCAUUACCUCCUAAACAAACAGCCUGAGUUUGGCCUCCAUCACUACCCCCACAAUAUUAAUUCAACUCCACCUCAUCAAUACUCUCUCUUCCAACACCAACAUUUGCUCCCUUCUAAUUACUCGGACUCACCGCUCAUGCUCAAGCAGCUUAUGUCAAACCCCAGAGACUGUGAGGGUGGCAGUGAAUAUCAAGCAGCAGCUUGUGAAUCAGGUUUGGAGUUGGGAACCUGUACCGAACCAACUCAACAGAUGGUCGCAGCUGCUUCAAGAGAUCAUGAGCAGGGCUUGAACGAGUGGGCUAUGUACGAUCGCCUUCUUACAACUCCCACUACAAGUCAUCUUGGAAAUGAAGACUCUUCAAAGGGGGGACUCAGGUUCCAGGAUACAAAUAAUGCAUCCUCUGUGCACCCAAUUAAUCAGCUUUCCUUGAGAGGGGAGAUGGAUUUUUGGGGCUUUGAAAAGUAGCUCGGAUGCACAUGGAUCCGAGCCCAAUCUAUACCAAGUGCCUCUGACUAG